AUGACCAUGCCCAGGCAUAUCCCGGCCCGGACCCGCAACUGCCGGAAACGGUGCAGCAGUCGAAAGCGGGUAAAGCAACAACAACAAUACCAGCAGCAGCUAUUGUCCAUCUGCAAGCCUUACCUGGACGGCGGUGCACCCAUGAGGGUGCUGUGCCAACGGGUGGAACGCUUCUUGCCGGAGUUGUUUGCCUUCGCCGCUGACCCCCGGGUGAACACGGACAACAACACGGCGGAGCGCAGCCUGCGCCCAACGGUGGUGAGCCGGAAGAUCAGCGGCGGGACCCGUUCGGAGCAGGGAAGCGAAAUCAAAAGUGUCCUCGCCUCCUUGUUCGGCACAUGGCGCUUGCGAGGCUGCAACCGCUACCAAGCCCUGAACUCCAUCCUCUCCCAACCCCAACUCGCCCCAGUCUGA